AUGCCUGGCGGACCAUAUGAAGCUACGUGGUUGGUCUGUAUCGGCCGAACGAGGAGUCAUCGAAAGCAGUUGAAUACUCUGGUGUCUAAAUUAUUACUCAUGGCGGCAAGUAUCCAACCGGUCCUCCUUCGCUUUGUUCCUGGUGAUAAAAUCUUCUCAACUUUCAGCAGCGGCCCCCUCGAUGUUCUGAGUGCGCAACUCUGGCUUCAUCAGGAACCAGUGAAGCUCGAACUCCCCUCAGCGAUCUCCUUCUUUUCACGGAAUUCCGUUGCCAGUCGCCUAGCAAUUGCAAAGAGCAAGCAGGAUGGAGAACGCAACGUCGGCCAUAAUGGACCCUCGCACCGCUACAGCAUCAGAUAUACAAGCGCUUCUGCAACGCUCCGACCUGACCAGCCUGCAACGUACAAUGGCUAUCUUCGCGCUGUCAUCAGCACUCCCCCGACACAUCUGUUGCUCGAGGCAGCAACUAAGCUUGAUGAUGAACGGGCCCAGGGCAAGGUGCGAUCAAGCAUGCAUGGUAUCCCAAUUUUGAUCAAGGAUAAUAUUACCACACACCCCGACAUGGGAAUGGAUACCACAGCAGGCAGUUUUGCAUUGGCCGGCUCCCGGCCGAAAAAAAGUGCAGAGCUUGUUGAAAGGCUAAUUGAGGCUGGUGCUAUUAUUCUUGGUAAAGCCAAUCUUUCGGAAUUAAGCUACUUCAAGGGUGAAGACCAGAUAUGUGGUUGGUCUGCUGUUGGAGGUCAGAGCCAAUCUGCGUAUGCUCGGGGCGGCAUACAGGAAGAUGACACUCCUGGUGGACACAGCAACCCGGGAGGCUCAUCAUCGGGUCCUGCCAUUGCUGUCAGUGCAGGUCUAGCGCCAGUUUCGAUCGGAACCGAGACGGCAGCGUCACUCAUCUCCCCGGCAUCCAAGGCAGCUCUUUACACAAUCAAGCCAACAGUCAACCUCAUAUCUCAGCAAGGCAUUGUCCUCAUUUCAUCACUCGCCGACUCGGCAGGUCCGAUGACAAAGAGCGUUCUAGAUCUCGCAAACCUCAUGGACAUACUCGUCGAUCCAGCCAAGACGUCAAUUCCCGAUGGCGGAUAUAAAAGCGUCUUGACCAACACCUGGGCAGACCUGAAAGUUGGAGUGCUUGAUCCUGCCAAAUGGGGAUCGUCGGAUUCCUGGACAAAACCGGACGCUGGGGCUACGAAACAGAUGAGCGAGGCAUUUGACUCCGCAUAUGCUCUAAUCCAGAGCCAGGCGAAGUCUUUCCACAAGUUUGUUCCCUUGGUCCUUCCAGAUGCGCUCAGCAUAGAUGGAGAGCUCGCCCACAGAAAGCUUUUCACCGGCCAUUUUAAGAAGGAUUUUGAAGCCUAUCUCAAGAGUUUGGACUUUUCGCAUAUUAAAAGCCUCGAAGAGUUGGUCCAGUACAACCGAGACCACGCCGAAAGAGAACUUCCACCGCGCUAUCCGUUGCAAGAUCGGCUUGAAAAAGCUCUUGCGGAUAAAUCUACCGCCGAGGAGCUAGAAGAAGCUCUGCUGCUCGCUAGAAAGGUCGCAAGGGACGAGGGCAUCGACAAAAUAUUGAGAGAGUACGAUCUUGAUGUCAUUAUUGGCCCGGCAGAGAGUCCCAUGCCCACCAUCGCUUGCGCAAGCGGCUAUCCAAUCGCGAGCCUGCCACUUGGCUAUCUCGAUUUCAAUGGUCGCCCAUUUGGAAUGGCGGCAGUAGCGUCAGGGCAUCAGGAAGCUGUGUUGAUCAAGGUCCAAAGCGCGUGGGAGGCAACAUUUCCGCCGAGACAACCGCCGCCUUAUGCUGUGUUCGCGCCUGGAUCUGCCGGACAUGCUACCCUCUAG